AGUGACAGCCCAAGCACAAGCCAAAGAACACCGAAGGCAGAAUUAGGGCCUCGUACCCCAAGCCCUGUCCAGCUUGACAUACAGCUACCUGUAAAUAUGGAAACUGAAGAGGAAAUCCUUGCCCUGCCUGGCACCUCUUAUGAAGCACCAGACUUCCCAGAGGACGAUGAAGAAGAUGAAGCACUUUUACCAAUGUUGGAACUAAGUGGCAGGGGGGAGACAAAUGUACCCCAAUAUGGUGGGAUUCCCUUCCCUCCGCCUGUACCCCCUUUGCAAACCAUAACUGAUAUUCUGGAUGGGAAUGAAGCCUUGGUAAACACGGUCAUCAGCUGGGUGGAGCAAGAAGUAAUAGCUCGUGUCAUCGAUGAA